UAAACAGAUCCCGGCUUGCCAUUGCUCCCCACACACUCACAAACAGCAACCAUACGAGACACGGGGCACGUACGCAAAACCUUCUUCCCAAAUCUAAACUCCUCCCCCAAAUGGCCAAGAGAAACCUGCUCCUCCUGGCGCUAAUGGCGCUCGCCUCAAGCAUGGCAGCCGCGUCGGUUACCUCGAGCACGAGGAAGCUCAUGUUCCUGGUUCAGCCCCAGCCGAACCAACUCACGUACCACAACGGUGCCGUGCUGCACGGCGAUAUCCCCAUCUCCGUCCUCUGGUACGGCAGCUUCACGGCUGCGCAGAAGGCCAUCGUCUCCGACUUCCUCCUCUCCCUCUCCGCCGCGCCCCCCGCUUCCCCGGCGCCGUCCGUAUCCCAGUGGUGGAGCAGCAUCCAGCAGCUGUACCUCUCCAAGGCGGCAGCCGUCGGCGAGCACGGCGCCGGAGCCACCAAGGCCGCACGGGUGGUCCUGUCCGACCAGGUUUCCGACGAGGCGUGCUCGCUCGGGAAGAGCCUGAAGCUGUCCCAGCUCCCGGCGCUGGCGGCGAAGGCGAGGCCCGCGAUUGGCGGCAUCGCGUUGGUGCUCACGGCGCAGGACGUGAGCGUGGAGGGUUUCUGCAUGAGCCGGUGCGGCCGGCACGGGACCGUGGACGCCAAGUCCGGCACGGCCUACGUGUGGGCCGGCAACCCGGCGACGCAGUGCGCCGGGCAGUGCGCGUGGCCGUUUCACCAGCCGGCGUCCGGGCCCCAGGCGCCGCCGCUGGUGGCUCCGAACGGCGACGUGGGCAUGGACGGGCUCAUCAUCAACGUGGCGAGCAUGGUGGCCGGCGCGGUGACCAACCCGUUCGGCGACGGGUUCUACCAGGGGGAGCGCGAGGCCCCGCUGGAGGCCGCGACGGCGUGCCCGGGGGUGUACGGCAAGGGCGCGUACCCCGGGAACGCCGGCCAGCUGCUGGUGGACGGGGCCACCGGAGCGAGCUACAACGCCCACGGCGCGCACGGGAGGAAGUACCUGCUCCCGGCGCUGUUCGACCCCGCCACCUCCGCCUGCUCCACGCUCGUGUAGGAGUACGGCGCCACAGUGGUCUCGACAAGUGAAGUGAGUCAAAUCCGCUAGCUGCCCGUCUAGCCAAGAGUGUAUUGGGUGCAACUAGUACUGUACCGUAGUGCAUAUAUGUGUAAAUAGUUCAUAUAUGAGCCUGUGUUUGGAUCUUCUCGUGCUAAAUAAAAAUGUAAAUCAGACUUUGUACCGCACAACUGGAGUACUCUCUCCCUUUCUUUUUAGUCCGCCUAUAAAAUUUGAUUAAAGUCAAACUUUGUUAACUUUAACUAAGUUUAUAGAAAAAAAUAUCAAAAUUCAAAAUAUGAAAUUAAUAUUGUUA